AUGCCCGCGGCGUGGAAAGACGCGAUUCCCCGCCCGUGGAGCACCGAGGCCGAGGUCGAGUUCUCCGACGAUGACUUCCUUGGCGGCGCUGGGCCAGCCGAUCCAACUGCCCCUGCGGGACCCGACCUGUCGCGGCCGAAGAACGAGCGGCCCCCCACCCAGUCCAAGGGGAAGAACCACACGUAUCUCCCCAACGGACAUUUGGUGCCGAACCCCGCGGCUCAGCACCCGAUCUACGACCUCAUCGAUCGGAGCGAACGCGAGUGGCAGCGAAAGCUCGACGGGCAAUCCACUACCUUGCGGGAAGCAGUCGACGAGUACCGUCGACGAUACCACCGCGCUCCGCCCAAGGGCUUUGACAAGUGGUGGCACUGGGCGCAGAAGGCGGGGAUACCGCUCCCGGACGAAUACGACCAGAUUCAUCAUGACCUCGAGCCAUACUGGGCUAUCAGGCCAGCCGACUUCCGUGCCAACGCCGAGGCUGCGUCCAAAAUGGACGGCAUGUACACCAUCACAUGUGCAGGCAAGGCCGGAGGCGGCACCGAGUGUACCGAGAAGGUCCAGGGCGAGGGACUGGAGCCUGAGGUACACCUCGUUUUGACGCAGCGGUCGGUGGCGCAGCUGGAACUAAUCAAGCCGCUCGAGGAGCUACUGUACGACACCAAGGCUGUCUUCUACAUGCAUGACGGGCCUUGGCAGUUUGUGGGACACGACUACUCGGGCGAGUAUAUCUCGAAAGAGGCGCUAGCGGACCUCGACACGGUUCACCUGGGAUGGGGCUCGGGGUGUGCGCCACACAAGCCUCUGCGCCAGUCAUGGGACCCGAGCUCGCUCGUCGACGUCGAGGCGCUGUGGCAGACGGCUCCGCACUCGUUCGUCUACGAUCACAAAGCGACGAUGGAUGUAUGCACGAACCCGAACCUCGUGCAGCUCAUGGGCGUCCUCAACUCACACGGAAAGGGUCCGGGCUCCUCCCACAUCAUGUACCCGACCAUGGCCAUGAGCAAGACGACGCUGCACUCGGACAUCCUCGCGGUCUCGGCCGAGGCAUGGACCGAGGACGUGGGCGACGACCCGGAGUGGGACGACAAGAAGCAAAACCUCCUCCUGUGGCGCGGCAAGACAACGGGCAUUCUCUACACGGACAGAUUCCACUGGAACGUGACGCAGCGCGUCAACCUCGUCUCGCAUGCAGCCCGGCGCGAGGGCACGCUCCCCGUCCUCCCCGUCUCACCGCCCAGCUCCCCCGUCGGUGCCCCCGAGAUGCGCGAGUAUGCCUCGCUGAACAAGCAGCUGCUGGACGCGGCGUUUGUUGACGAGCCGAUUCAGUGCGAGGGGGACGUCUGCAACGAGCUGCGCGAGCAGUACCACUUCGCGGAUCGCAAGGACUGGACGGCGGCGAACGACUACAAGUUCCUGCUGGACGUCGACGGGAACGGGUGGAGCGCGCGCUUCAAGCGCCUCAUGUCCACCAACUCGGCCGUGCUGAAGAGCACCAUCUUCCCGGAGUGGUACACGGACCGUAUCCAGCCGUGGAAACACUACAUCCCGAUCAAGGCGGACCUGACGGACCUGUACGACGUCAUGUCCUUCUUCCAAGAGCAUGACGACCUCGGCAAGCGUGUGGCCAACCAGGGCAAGGAGUGGAGCAAGACGUUCUGGAGACAGGAGGACAUGAUGUCGUACCAGUUCCGCCUCUUCCUCGAACUCGCACGCCUUGAAUCAGAUGACCGUGACGCCGCGUCGUACCACGGGCGGGGCGACGAGGACGAGCCUGCGCAUGUCGACGAAUUGCCGAGCGCAGACGAGGGUGCCCCGGGCGCUGAGGACGGGGCGAAGGCAGCGGAGGAGACUGGGCCGUCGGAGAAGGUGCAGCCGUCCGCAGAUGAGGAGACGCCUGGCGAGCCGAAGGACGCGGCGCCCGCGCCGGCACCCGCUGCACCGCCGGCAGAGGCGGACAAGCCAGCGAACAAGCCGGCAGACAAGCCGGAAGACAAGCCGGAAGACGCCGAAAAGCCAGAAAAGCCCGAGGAGCUGACCGCGUCCGACUGA